CUUCACUCUCUCCCAGCACAACCACUGGAGCCCCUUCUUCCUCAACCGCAUCAUCAUCAAGUGGAGCAACUUCAACGACGGUUCGUCGGCCGCGUAGUGGGAGUGCUGCACCGGUGCUGUCAAACGCGGAGUUUGGGAAGAAGGCAGUUCUGAGUGGGAAUGGAAAGGAUGCGGACCUGAUUCAGCAGCAAUUGAACCUGACGCUCGAUAAGGGACCACCUCAGAGCUAUGAGACUUGGGAUCCGGUGAUCCCGGAUAUCUUGGUCCAUGAUGAGGAUGCGGACCAGAAUGCUAGUACGGAAGAUAUGGGUCAUCAUGAUGAGGAGGAAGAGAAGAUUGUCUCGGCCUACCAAGUCUUGAACCUCAUUAUCCCGGAUAUUUCUGAGGCAGCUGCAGCUGCAGAGGCGGCAGAGCAACUUGAGUUGGAGCAACAGCAACAACAGCAGCAGCAGUUGGAGAACGAAUCUGGAUCGGAUACAUCCCUCCCAAUGGCUUCACAGUCGACAACAUCCUCCUCCCAUUCGAAUCCCACAAUCAGCGGUCCUAUCGACAUUGGCAACAGCGGCAGCAAUAUCAACAGCAACAGUAAUAGUGGUAAUAGCAGCAGCCCCAACGAAAAGACUAUGAGCGAGUUUUUGAGGGCGAAUAUGAUGGGUGCAACAGACUAUCUGGCGGUGACCUCGUUGGGCAUUGGUGCAGGGCUCAUCCCAGCUACGGUAUCCGGCUCAUCCACGCGACCGGGAACAUCUAUUUCAACAAGUUCGUCCUCCGCUCUCAAUCUGAACAUAGCUGAAUCUGGAACGACAAACGCGACGGUUUCUCAGCCGGCGACGUCAACCUUGGCAGCUCGAUUUCGGCUGCCGUUCUCGUCCAGGGCCUUCAUCCCGCCCUCCCGUCCAGCAUCUGUGCAUCAACUGAACAAUAACAAUAACAACCAACAGCAGGGUCAGGGCGAGACAUCGUCCGACAGUUAUGCAGGAUCCUCGAAUGUGUUAGGGAUCAACAACCCAAUGCAGAGCAGCGCGAACCUCAGCAACAGCGCUUCCGGGAUCCGAUCAUCGUUUUUUGAUUACCGAUUAACGAACCUGUUGCAGUUUGGAGCCGGGUCGAGUAUCGCAGGAAGCGUGCGGUCGUUUGAUCCGAUGAGGACGAACACAGAAGAGGAUCGGCAGGAUUUGUAUGAGGUAGAAUUCAAUGCACCUCCGGAUCCGGCUCAGGAGGAGGCUAGGAGGAUGGAUCGUACGGUUUUGGGAAGGAUGAGGAAGGUCCUCAGGAGCGGGUUCCCGGGUAGGGACCUGGAUCCUAGGACGAGAAAGCCACGGUAUAAGUAUCCGACGAAUAAUAUCAAGACGACCAAGUAUACGCUGGUGACUUUCUUGCCCGUCAAUCUCUUGUUCCAGGUAAAGUACUACUUUUUAGUUUAUUCUCGUUAAGGCAUUAUGCGUUUGUCGUUUGGCCGGUGGUACACAGGCACGCACACAUACAGGUUACAGACUGCAUGCACUUCUUCGAGUGAUCGCCAUGAUGACGACUGGAGAGAAAAAAAAAAGAAACCUUUUGUCGGUAAAAUGGAUUAUGCGCUCAUUGGAGAGGAGAGCCCCGUUUCCUGUUCCUGAAUUAUUUCGGUACCUGUUUCUGUUUAUUCAGGAAAAAAAGAGCAGCGGCUGUCUAUGCGUUUAACAACUUUGCCAAACUAUGGAACCAUUCCAACCAUUCUAAC